AUGGCAACUCCAAGCAGAGCCUGUUGCUCCAUACCCCCCAUUGUCUCUGAGGGCUACAAAUAUAAGGGUGGGUUUGAAACUAUCGAUGGAUUGAAAACCUACGUGACUGGGCCCAAAGACUCAAAGCAUGCGAUAUUAAUCAUAUAUGAUGUGUUCGGAUUCUUUGACCAGACAAUUCAAGGGGCAGAUAUCCUCGCCAACUCUGACUCCAAGCGGAAAUACAGAGUUUUCAUGCCGGAUUUCUUUGAUGGAAACCCAGCCGAUAUCAGUUGGUAUCCUCCUCAGACCGAGGAUCACCAGAAGAAGCUAGGGAACUUCUUCCAAACCCAGGCUGUUCCACAGAAGUCUCUUCAGAGGAUCCCGGGAAUUGUUGCCGCCGCGAACGAGACGGCAACUGCUGGGAAAUUUGAGUCUUGGGCAAUCUUGGGACAUUGCUGGGGAGGAAAGAUCGCAACUCUAGUAGUUUCUGGCGACGGUGGACUGUUCAAGGCAGCUGUACAAUGUCAUCCUGCCAUGCUGGACCCUAAUGAUGCAAAGAGCGUUGCAGUGCCUAUGGCACUUCUGGCAUCAAAAGACGAACCAGCCGAAGAUGUCGAAGCUUUCGAAGCCAACCUGACGGUCCCUCACCACGUCACGACGUUUCCUACGCAGAUCCAUGGCUUUAUGGCAGCGCGCUCAGACCUCAAAGACGCAGCAGUUCGCAAGGAGUACGAACGCGGCUAUCAAGUGGUGCUGGAGUUUCUCAGUAGGUACACAUAG